CUUUUGAUACAUAUGCUGCCUUCUUACUUCUGCCAGGAAAUGGAUAAUGUAGCCGUUUGCUAAGAGGAAAAUGACCGGGUAUAUUAAUAAGAGCGUCCAUUAAUACUGGGCAGGCGUUUGAACCAAUGCCUAUUUGUAACGGAUGGGAACAUUAUCCAGAAGUGUGAACAUUAAUAAGGGGGAUACACAGAGGAGGUUUUGGUGUUUUGUUGAUGGAGUAAUACAGAUUGUUUAUAAAUGUUUAUUUCGGUAAUUGUGUUUCAUGAGAAGGGGCACAUGGUAUUGAAAAACUGCGAUCAGUAGAACGGAUAUAUACAUACCACAAAUUGAGAUCAGAAAGUGUUACAGGGAAGUAAUUUGGAAGGUUUAGUCAUUGUGAUAACAAUCCGUGGGAUCGAUCGGUGGAUAGCCUGUACCGGUCACGCUGAACUCGGUCCUAAUUCUCGGACUGGAAUCGGAGAGUUAUCUACCCUGGGUAUGACGUCACUUGUAUUCCGACUUCUGGUGCUGGUCACAGUCAGUGUGAAGGCACGCCGACAUAAAGUCCUGCUUGUGUCGAUGGACGGGUUCCGCUGGGAUUAUGUUAAAACCAUCCCUACCCCUAACUUAGACCGCCUAGCAGGAUUGGGGACGCGGGCAGAGUACAUUAACAACACUUUCUGCACCAAGACUUUCCCCAGUCACUACAGUGUCGCCACAGGUUUAUACGAGGAAAGCCAUGGAAUUGUCGGAAAUGUGAUGUACGAUCCCGAAUUCAAUGAAACGUUUACUCCUAGAACCCGUGAGUCAAAAUGGUGGAAUGGUGGCGAGCCAAUAUGGAUCACAGCUGUACGAAACGGGUUGAAAAGUGCCACCUACUUUUGGCCCGGAAGCGAGGUAAAAAUUCGCGGUCUCAGACCAACGAAGUAUAAAAAUUUUUCCAGUGUAGAUGUCCAGAAACAGAUCGAUAAUGUCACGGAUUGGCUGAUGGGCGACAUCGACAUAGCCGUUAUGUACACCCCACAACCUGACAAAGCGGGGCACAAAUUUGGACCCAAUUCACAGGAACUAAGAGAAAAAGUACAGGAAAUGGACAGAGUUGUGGGGUAUCUCCUCGAUAAGCUAGAGAAGAAAGAACUGACGUCUGUUGUGAACCUCGUUUUGACUAGCGAUCACGGCAUGACCGAAAUAGAUUUUCAAAAGAAAAGAAUUGAAAUAGCAUCUUUGGUGAAUCUAAGCGACAUUGUAAGAAAAUCCGACAAAGGGCCGCUUAUGCACAUCACCCCAGUGGAAGGCAAGCUAGAAUCUGUUUACCAAGCUCUCAGUAAGAGUGACAAAAUGACGGUUUACAAGAAAGAGGACAUACCUGACUACUGGCACUAUAAAAAUCAUAGACGGAUAAUGCCUAUUCUCUGUGUGGCAAACGAAGGAUGGUCUGUUCUAUGGGACAAAGAUGACCUAAUUAACAAGACUGAUCGAGGAAAUCAUGGAUACGAUAAUCAGCUGAUGUCAAUGAAACCUCUGUUCUUCGCAGUCGGUCCGGACAUCCGAAAAAACCACACGAGUCCUCCAUUUCUGUCAGUUGAUAUCUACUCACUUUUGUGUACGCUUCUGGAAAUCAAUCCCGCACCAAAUAACGGAAGUUUGGAGCGCGUGCGCAACUUCAUUGUAAAACCUAAACCACAGACAGCAAACCUCACUAACAAUAGCAUAUAUUUAUAUCCAAGUAGAGUUCUCUUGUCAAUGGCUUUAUUUGUUUUCCUAGUAUGUAAACUUUCAUAGAUAUAAAGAAUUAAUAGUCUAGCAUAAACACAGAUAUAGUAUUGCAGAAAAUUGAAAAGUAUUUGUUUCGAAAAACAUUUUAGAAUAUUACCAAAAAUUGUUGCACUGAAGAUCCACCAUUGUGACAAUUCGGGGUAUGGCUUAUAUGUGUCAUGAUACACGGUACGAUAUUUAGGACAGUUUUUACAUAUUGCUCAGGUAAAUUAUUGUGUUAGCAUUGUUUUUGCAUUAAGGAAAAUGAAAGGGAUAUUAUAUAGA